AUGGGUGGCAAGUGGGAGGUCGCUGUGAAAUCAACACAGCAUCACCUCAGGAGGACCAUCGGGACCUCGACCUUGACGUACGAAGAAUUUACGACUCUUCUGACUCAGGUCGAGGGCCUACUCAACUCUCGGCCACUCUGCCCACUCACCAAUGACCCGCAAGAUACAUCAGCCCUGACACCGGGGCACUUCAUCAUCGGGGAGCUGCUCACAACGGUUCCUGAACCAUCACUCCAGCAAAUCACGACGGACAGACUCAACAGGUGGCAAAUUAUCACUCAGAGGAUCCAGAACUUCUGGGAGCAUUGGGCACGAGAGUGCAUUCAUCGAUAUCAGCAAAUCUAUCGGUGGAGACAUCCAAAAAACGAAAUUAACAUUGGUUCGUUGGUCCUCAUCAUGGACGAACGGGAACCGCCAGCUAAAUGGCCCCUCGCCCGAGUCAUCAAAAUUCAUCCAGGGCACGACCAUUUGACAAGAGUUGUCACACUGAGGAAAGGGCAUCAGGAAAUUCAACGGGCAAUUCACAGACUAGUUCCAUUGCUCAUCAACGCAGACCUACUAGAGGAUCAACAGUGA